AUGACAACAAGUCCGUAUUCUAUAAUUAGUCAGACAGAAACAAAAAAUGCGAGAAAUUCGUUUGAUAAAAACCUAUUAGAUCCUUUUGGAAAAACAAACCGUUAUCAUGUAGUGAAAAAGCCUUCAAUUAAACGCAGAAAGGUAAUUAGAAGAUUACAUUUAACGAAUAAGGAGAAAGAUAUUCCGACGAUAGUUACAAAUGACGUUUUUUCACUCAGAAAAAAUGUAAAUUUGUUACAAAAAUCACCUCAACGCCUUCUCAGAGACUUUAUACAAAAUUCAGCCAUAGCAACACCAAAGAAAUAUGUUAUUCAUCCUAGCUUUAGACAAAUUGAUGCAGCAAUUAAAUCAAGAGAACAAUAUAUUAGACCUAAGCCACUAUUCCUUGCAUAUGACAAAGAUUUUUAUAGAGAAGAUUAUCAGACUCAUCACCGUAUCAAAGCGCUCUCCUUGCGGGAGAAAGUUAAUCAUAUCAGAGAUACUUUACCUGUGCCUCCGUCUGAUGAACAUGAACAGCCCGUAAUAGAACGACCUUCGUAUCUUCCUUUAAACUCUAAGCCAAAACAGUUACGAGACAGGAUAUACUCCAUAAGGAACUAUCUUCAAAACAAGGACUUAGUAAAAUCGACACAAAUUCCCAUUAAAAAUUAUUUGGUUGAAACCACGACCACCUACAGUCCUUUCAUGGACCCCUUGUAUUAUUUCCGAAGAAGUGGCUGGUACGAGGUGAAAACUUCGACUAAAGAGCCGAGCACAGUCAGACCAACCAGAAGAAAAAGAAGAACUAUAUAUUUUUUAAGUCCAACUGUACCGUAUUAUCGUUAUUUUUAAUUAAAUGAAUUACUCAUAGAUUUUAUGAAUAAGUCGUUUUUUAAUAAUAAAAA